UCACGGCCGUUUAUGAGGAUGAAGAAGAAGAAAAUAACCACCGCUCCAUGGAUACGAGGGACGCCUGAGUGGAGGCUAUGCUUGAAUGUAACGGCGAGAAGUUGGCGUCAUUAUCAACCUUAUUGAGGUGAACUCGUAAUAAGCUAUGAAGGGCCUCGAGGUGCAUCGUGUGGAGGUAACCUAGCUAGGUAACCUAACUAACCGCCAGCUAACGUUGACUCUCCUGCCCCCCGCGAUAUGCGGGAUGAAACCGUCCCAAACUGAGCGGACUACUGCUCGGCCCGGAGCGUAAACGUGUAGCUGACAUUAGCGUUAUAUGUCGAUGUGUGUGACGUUGUAUUGAGCAAGGCAGUGUGACUAAGAGCGUCGGUUCAACGAUGUGGAAACAAGGCGCUCGAAGCUCCGCUCUGGACCGAGCUCAGGCGCUGCUGUCCGCUAAGAAGAGCACCAGAGAGGAAGCGGAGUGUGUUCGGGUGCCGACGGGAAAUACAGGUGCAGUGGGGGGAUCCUUGAAAACCAAGCCCGCUUCCUUAAACACACGCCCCGUAUUCUCAGACCUGAGUGACCUGUCCUCGGUCAGCUCGGCCCCUGAGCCUGAUGGAGGUGACAGGACCCAGGCAAGAAAUGGGCUUUCGUCCAAGGGUCUCAGGCCUCAGAGCUCUCCGGGUGAAGGAGGGAGCAGGUUCCUGAAGAAGGCUCCACUAACUCCAAUCAUCAGUGACCAUUCACCGGUCAGCAAGAGCCAAGUGCAGCGGGUUCCUGAACACAGGUACAGACACCUGUCAUCUUCCCAGCAGGGCUCCCAGGCGGCUGCUCUGAGUAAGCUGGCUCAGAUUGAGAGCCGCGUCCGCAGCCGCAAACAGGUUCAGGGCGAGGCCAGACGGGGGCCACAACCAGCGGAGAACCAAACCUCUGGCGUGGGAAUCUCCCCGCCACUAGCUGCCCUGUCCCUGGAGGCCCCUGUGCAACUCUCAGCACAGUCCAGUGGUAACCGGAGCCUGAAGGGGAUCCGUUUCCUCAAGAACAAAGCAGCUGUGACUGUUAACGACAUUACUACCACCACCGCUGCUGCCGGGUUGCCAAAAGGCGGCGCUGUUGGUGUCAGGUCCGGGUCCAGAGCUACGAAGUCGCUGAGAGUGGUGAGUGGUGUCAGUCUGGAAAGUGAUGAAGAAGACAUGAGGAAACUUCUCGGAGAGUCAUUGGAUUCAGUCGGCGACCGCUUCUUACCAGGGAGGCCCUCUUCCAUGAGAACAGCAGAUGAGAGGGUUCACUCCUCUCCUCCUCCAGCUGCCGUCGCUCCCUCAUCGUGCUCCGACACAGCACCGCCGCACUACCCUGCCUCUCCUUCUCCUUUCCGCUUCGCCGGUCAGACUCCGGCCCACUUCAGCCCCUCCCUCUUCUCCCCAUCCCCCUCUCCCCCGCGUGUUUCCCCAUCUCCCAGGGUGGGGAGUCCACAGUGUUCCCUCUCCUCCGCGUCGGGCCGCGGGGCGGUGCUGUCUCUGGAGGAGCUCUUCUCCGAAGAGCCCCACAGUGAGAUCAGUGCAGCGACCUCUGACGAUUUCAAGAUAAAUGUGAUGACAUUAGACGACCUUGGAUUUACUGAGAGAACGCCAUCGCAGGAGAGAGAAGUCAAACUCGGCGUCCCUCCUCCUGGAUCCCCCAACGGACAUCUAGAGCCGCCGCGGUUGAAGGAGAAGAAAGAGGAGCGGCGGCGGCAGGGGGACGACGUGUCGGACUACCGAAGCGACUUUGAGAGCGGGACCGAGCCCGACGACACCGUCAGCCAGGUGUCGGAGCACCUCCAAGGAGACGGAGAUGAAGAGGAGGUGGCGUCGGAGGUCCGAGAGGAGGCUUCGCAAUCAGCCGCGGACCGCGUGAGGACAGAGUACCCUCUCUCAGACACGACGAGUCGCUCCUGCACCUCAGAUUACAGUCAAAAACCCGACUCCAGAGCCUCAGUAUCACCUGGAAGCCGGACAUUAUCACGGCAGUCAAGGAGGCGUGCUUCGACGAGAAAAGUCUUCAAAGAAACGGCAGUCCAGACUCAGCCUGAUCCUCUGGCUUACACAUGGCCCGCCGGCGUGGCUGCUUUGGGUCCUGCGGUGGGCAUGACGUACCUGGAUCCCACCCCACUGGUUGCUCAUUCUCUCAGUGCAGAAAUGGUGGAAGCUCUCAGCAUCUCCAACCCCGCAGUAUUUGCGCUAAAUGAAAUGCUGAAACAGCAACUUGCCAUGACGAGGCGGUUCAUCGAGAGCAGGCGACAGCUUCACUCCAGCCUGGUGCAGAGCCUGGGACCACCGAACUACCGAUACACCACGCUGGAGGACACCAAGGAGCAGAUCCGCAAGCACAGACCUCCCCCACUGAAAAUGGAGGCGGCCUUAGAAGAGGUGCUGCAGGAGAUGAGAGACUUCCAUCAUAUCUGACCUCUGGUGCCAAAUGUCUAAGCACUGAACAGCAGACAUGUGCUUUUUUGCUAAAUGAUUUUUAUAAAUUAAAUCCUAUUUUUUCUAACAUU